AUGGCGACCGAAACACCUUCUCACAUCCUCCGUAAGAGGACAGCUGCCGCCGACAUGACGGUCGUUGAGAACUCAGUCAGUCGCGACAGCGCUUUGCGAGAGUCGGCAAAUGGGGACCUCGAGCGCGGUUCCGGAUCUUCGAUAGCGCAGCACAUCGCCAAGCUAGUGGCUUAUGAUGUCGGACCCUCGUUACUUACAGUUGGUGUGAUGUUGAGUUUGAUCUUUGGAGGAUGCUGCUCCAAUGUAUACGCUCUUGAGGCCAUCGUUAACUUUGAACCCUCCAGUGGUAUGGAACCCAUCCCAGCGUUAGGAACCCUUCUGACAUUUGCCCAAUUCCUUUUUGUCGCUGUGACGGGUUUCAUUGCUCAGUUUGACACCAAAAGCAGGUUCUUUCUUACACCAAACAAGGUCCCCAUCAGUCGCUGGAUCUUCAACAUUGUCCUCUUCUUCACUAUCAAUCUAUUGAACAAUCAUGCAUUCAGCUACGAUAUCUCCGUACCAGUUCAUAUAAUCCUUCGAUCUGGCGGAAGUAUCACAACUAUGGCGGCGGGUUACCUCUAUGGUAAGCGAUAUACCCGAACUCAGGUGAUCGCUGUCUUUCUCUUGACGCUCGGCGUCAUCUUGGCCGCAUGGUCUGAUGCUCAAGCCAAGGGUACAAGUGAGAGUAGUGGCCGCCCAGCCUUCAGCACUGGACUCUUGAUCCUCUUUGUUGCUCAGGUUCUCUCUGCUAUCAUGGGACUUUACACUGAAGCAACCUACGCCAAGUACGGCCCUCAGUGGAAAGAAAACCUCUUUUACUCCCAUGCGCUCUCUCUACCGCUGUUUCUACCCUUUGCUCCCUCCAUGCUUCGGACAUUCUCUCAUCUGAUGACAAGCACUCCAAUCCAGCUACCGGGGAUGUUUGGUCCCGCAUUCGCCAAGAUUGCGAUUCCCAGCCAAAUCGUUUUCCUUGUCACCAAUGUCUUGACGCAGUACGCUUGCAUUCGUGGUGUCAAUCUGCUGGCCGCUGCAUCAACGGCUCUUACCGUCACUAUCGUUCUCAAUAUCCGAAAGCUUGUCAGUCUGCUUCUGAGCAUCUGGCUGUUUGGUAACCAGCUGGCGCCCGGUACUUUACUCGGUGCCAUCAUAGUCUUCAGCGCUGGUGGACUGUAUACAGUCGGGUCGCGUAAGAAAGCACCAGCCGAGAAGAACGCCCCUGCGAGAGAUCACAAAGCGAGCUGA